AACCUCACCCUCCCUCCCUCCCUCCCAGAGGCAAGCAGCUCUUUCACAGGCGCAGACGGACUGACUGACUGGCUGGAGCUGGAGCGGAUUGCUGUAGUUAACGGACACACUGCACAAUGCGUGAAUACAAGUUAGUAGUCCUCGGAUCAGGAGGUGUCGGCAAGUCUGCGCUGACUGUUCAGUUUGUCCAAGGGAUCUUUGUGGAAAAGUAUGACCCCACAAUAGAAGACUCAUACAGAAAGGCAAGUUCUGCAUCAUUUUUAUUGUGCAUAAGUUGUCAAACCAAUGUCUUUUUAAUGUUUUCCAGACUCAAAACCCAUUUUAUUGUUUUCUUACCUUUUCCUAGCCCAGCACAUUCUGACAGUGUUACUUUAAAAAAACUGCUCUGUACUCACUAUGAAUAUUUUGAGUGUUUUAGAGAUUUUUUUUUCAGUUUUGUCUGUCAGUACCUCAACUCCUCCGUACACUAUCUGAACACUUCUCCUCCUCACUUCACCUCCUCUUUCUCUCCCACUCAGGAACAAUUCACAGCCAUGAGGGACCUGUACAUGAAGAACGGCCAGGGCUUUGCACUAGUAUACUCCAUAACAGCACAGUCCACCUUCAACGACCUGCAGGACUUGAGAGAACAGAUUCUGCGGGUCAAAGACACGGAUGAUUUUCAGUACCAGUAUCUGCUUUUUCACACCCACCCUGAGCCCUCAUGCUCGCCAUCGUCAAUAAGGGUGACCUUUCAGCUGUGAAGAGGCUCGUCUUCCCUUCUUGUCCACCUCUCUCUA